GUGUUUCGCUCGCAGGACUACAACGCGCUGCUCUUCGCCCUCAAGCAGGUGCGCUGCUCUUCGCCCUCAAGCAGGUGCGCUGCUCUUCGCCCUCAAGCAGGUGCGCUGCUCUUCGCCCUCAAGCAGCUGUUUGGGCGAGUGGAGGCGACGAAGCCAGUGGCGUCGAGAGCGACGUCGGCGGAGAUCUACGUGGUGUGCCACGGCUUCAAGGCGCCCUCCCGCAUCGACCCGCGCCUGCUGGACGCCAAACACCUCUUUGAGACCGUGCCCGAACCACCCAAGGCAGUGGAUGUGCUGGCGGAGCCAAAGUCGAAGAAAAGCAGAGAGGGGUACGAGGAGGGGCAGAGUGUGGUGCACAAGCGCGCGUCGCUGGCGGACUUCCUCACCACCGACAACGCCGUGGCCUUCCUGGGAACCUUCCACGAGAUCACCUUUGACUUGCCGUUGGCCCAGCCCGUCAUGGAGCACCCGCUCACCACACCCGAGAUCCACGAGCUGUGCAAGGACCUGCGCAUUCUGGGCAAGCGAGACUUCAAGCAGCUGCUCAAGUGGCGCCUCAAGAUUCGCAAGGACCUUCCUAACCUGCUUCGAGGGGCCAAGAGGGCGGAGGGCGAGGAGAAUGGCGGGGAGGGGGAAGGGGAGGAGGGGGAAGGGGAGGAGUGCAAGGGGCCGGCAGAGGAGGAGGCGGAGGAGGAUGAGGAGGCGAGGCGGGAGCGGGAGGAGGCGGUGGUGUUGGAGGAGCUGCAGGAGCUGAGGGACCUGCUGGGCGCCAAGCGACGCCUCAAACUCAAAGCGGAGAAGCGCCGCCGCGAGAAGAGCAAGGCGCGCACGGCGACGGGUAUGAAGGUGGAUGCGCUGGCCGACACGGACAUCGCCGCAGACGACGAGCUCUUCGCCCUCGCAGCCAUCAAGCGCAAGCAGCUGAGUGGCGUGGACCACACGGAGGCACCGCAUGCCGAGGAGAUGGCGGAGAUGGAGAGAGAGGAGAGCGAUGAGGAGGAGGAGGAGGAGGACGUGGAGGAGGGUAGUGAAGAUGAUGACAGCGACGCAGAGAAGAGAAGGUACGACGCUGAGUUGGAGGCGUACUUUGACACGGCGUACGAGCACUACUGCAAGGCCACCGCCAGCUCCAAGCGCCGCAAGGCACGUGCUCGCCUCAUGGCGCUGGACGGCGAGGAGGAGGACGGCCACGAGGACGCAGGGGCGCAGGGGGGGGAGGGCGAGCAGGAGGAGGCGGUGGUGCACAUAGGGGAGGAGGGCGAGGAGGAGGAGAACCCGCUGGUGGUGCGGCUGGGCGAGAGCAGUGCGAGCGAGCGCGUGCAGGCGCAGUGGUUCACCCAGGACCUCUUUGAGGGGCUCGACCUGGCAGAGGGGGCGGUGGAGGAGCCGCACGAGGGGGCGAAGGCGAGCAGUGCAGCUGGUGGGGCGAAGAAAAGUGGUGCAGUGCUGCUCAAGGCUGGGAGGAAGGGAGAUGAAAGGCCUGCGGAAGGAGAGAAGGAGGAGAAGCAGCGAGGAGAGAAGAAAGUGAGGAAGGCUAGUGAAAGGGUGGCGGAGAGGGAGGAGGGGGAAGAGGGGGAAGUAGAGGCGGAGGAAGGGGAGGUGGCAGAUGCUGAUGACGGGAGAGUACAAGGCGUGGCAGGUGAUGGGCGGGGCGGAGAGGCAGCAAGGAAGAACAAAGCUGGCAAGGCGAAGGCGAAGGAUGCACACACUGAGCCGGCUGUGCCCCGUGGCACAGCAGCGGGACGGGAGGAAGACGGCGAGAAAGAGUUGAGCAAGAAGGCGCGGGGGGGGAAACAAAAGGAGGAGGAGGAGGCAGGGUUUGAGGUGGUCCCGGAGGAGAGGCUGAGUGGCAGCGAGCGGGACAGCUCCGAUGACAGCUCUGACAGCGACAGUGACAGCCGUGGGGGGCGCAGGGGGGGCAGGCAUGCACGCACAGUGGGUGGGAGUGCCGCAGGGGGGCAAGGAGGGGGGACGAUGAGGGAGGAGGAGUGGGACAGCGACAGCAAGGCGGAGACGCUGGCGUAUGCGAGGCGCAUGCUGAGGAAGCGAGAGCGAGACGAGCUGGUGGACGACGCGUACAACCGGUACAUGUUUGACGACGAUGCCCAGGCGCUGCCCAAGUGGUUUGCGGACGACGAGCGGCGGCACAUGGUGCCUCUGAAGCCCAUCAGCAAGGACGAGGUGCUGGAGCUCAAGGCGCAGUUCCGCGCCAUCAACGCGCGCCCCACCAAGAAGGUGGCAGAGGCGAAGGGCAGGAAGCGGCGGCGGCUGAUGAAGCAGCUGGAGGCGGCGCGGCAGAAGGCGACGGCCAUCUCGGAGCAGGCGGACCUGACGGAGCGAGCCAAGGGGCGGCUCAUGCAGCGCGCCUACAGCAAGGUGGCCUCGGAGCGGCCGGCCAAGAAGAUCGUGGUGGUGGCAAAGAAGGGGCAGCAGGGCAACCGCGGGCGCGGUGUGAAGAACAGCAUCAUGGUGGACCGACGCAUGAAGAAGGACCUGCGUGCUGAGAAGGCUAAUGCCAGAAAGGGCGGCAAGAAGGUUGCACUUAGCAAUGUCGUUCCUUCUGCGGGGAUCUCCGUCGCGCGGAUCUUCCCAGCUGUGAAGGGCGUCUCCAAUUCCUCGUGUUCUUCUUUCGUUGGCGGAAAUUUCAAUCUGAAGGCUCUCACCAAACGGCAAUUUCCAGCGUUAAUUACUAGCCGACCUAACCAAGUCGUCGCCAAGGUUUCCGUUGGGGACGAGGCUCCGCCUCUGAGUCUGACCGACCAGAAUGGUCGCGUAUUCGACUUGGCCAAGCUUAAAGGAAGAAAGAGCGUGGUUCUUUAUUUCUAUCCCGCCGAUGACACUCCUGGGUGCACCAAGCAGGCAUGCUCGUUCCGUGACUCCUUUGAGGAAUUCCGGAAAUUAGGUGCUGAGGUUGUUGGAAUCAGCGGCGACACUCCCGAGUCUCACAAGUUGUUUGCCGAGAAGUACAGCCUACCCUUUACUCUUUUGUCUGACGAGGGCAACACUGUGCGCAAGGAGUGGGGCGUCCCCAGUGAUUUGUUUGGGGUCCUUCCUGGGCGUCAAACCUAUGUGAUUGACAAGAAAGGCGUCGUGCAGCUCAUAUUUAAUAACCAGUUUCAACCCGAGAAGCACAUAGAUGAGACAAUUGCAGUGCUGGAGGCCCAAUACGAGGAGCCAAAACCGUUCUUCCAGUUUCCCAAGCUUUUAUAG